GCCGAAGUGAAAGUAGAAAAUCGCCAUUUCGGGAACGUCAUGUGCAGCUUCACCUGAUCGCCUGCAUGGCUUCACCUGUAGUUAAACGAACUUCGCGUGUAACUGAUGGACACUUCGGCGCAUCAUGAUUGGCUGAAUAUGAUGUCAUUCAAGAGAGUGGGCAGGCCAACUGAAGUUCGACGAGAAGGAAGUUCGGCGAAGUUACUAGCUGGCGGUUACCGUAACAUUAUAUGUGGAUAAAUUGCAUCAUAUUGUGAAAAAGGAGAAUAUAAUAGGACUAUAUAUCUACGCCAUUCGCCUGGCGACAUACAUUUCGCCAACUCACUUCACACACUGAGGAGCGACAUGGAGCAGCUACCGGACUCUUCGCCCGCUUUGGCUUUUGAAAAAGACGCUUUUGAGCUGACAGUGGAAGAUGUUUAUGACAUUUCAUACGUGAUCGGCAGAGACUUGUUGAAAAUUAGCAACGCGGGAGAGGAUGUCUCUGAACUGCAGUUCAGGAUUGUCCGCGUCCUGGAGGUGUUUGAAACUUUGGUGAAUAAGUACAACCUAUCGCUCGAAGAGCUAAAAAUGGAACGCGAUAAUUUAAAGACCGAGCUGGAGCGAAUCAUUGCUGACAGCGCGAACGGACAGGGGACGCAAAUGCUGGGUCCGAACAAGCUGGUGGUGGACCUGACGGACCCGAACCGGCCGCGCUUCACCAUGCAGGAGCUGAAGGAGGUUCUGCAGGAGCGCAACCAGCUCAAAGCCCAGCUGCUGGUGGCCCAGGAGGAGCUGCAGCUGUACAAGAGUGGGAUUCUCCCCCAGGCCGAGCCAGCCAUGGUGGAGGUGGACCUGGGCUCCCCGCCCUCCCACCGCCCUGCUCCUGUCUCCACCGAGCAGAAGACCGAGGAGACCAAGGAGGAGAAGUCCACCAUCAAAAAACUGUGGCAGGUUUUGGACAAGGAAGUACUGCAGAAGGCGUACACCAGGUUUUCAUUCAGAAGAAAAUAGCCAAGACUCGAUUAAGGAUGCAACACUACCCGUAACGAAGGUUUUACACUUUUGUCACCUGGAAUGGACAAUAUUUUUUAUGAUUUUAUGAAGUUUGGAAAUAAGGAAAACCUUUGGAGGGAUGCACAAUCCUAAGGUGUAUUUUUACUUUUGUAACUUAUCAGUGGACCAACUCUCCUCUACUAAGGCAAAUAGAUGCCUUACUUUUUAAUAUAUGAUGAGCAGUAUUGACAAACGGUUGGUCUGUUUUAAUCAGGUGACCCCAGACCUGGUUCUGGAGAAAAGCGCAGUCUGCUUGUUUAGCUUUCACCUUAAUGUCGGCAAACGAUUUUACAAUGCAGAAAACCAGGGGCCUGUUCUACAAAGCGGGAUUUCAGCCGAGUUAGGAUAACUGGGACAGCUCUUUUUAAUGUCAGCCCAUGUUGCAGAUUUAUGUGGGGUCCGAUUUUUUUUUGCGCAGUUAUCCAGCAAACUCUCCUGCUUUGUGGGUUUUACUCGGUGCAGUUAUCCAGCUAACUCAGUAAUCCUGCUUUGUGGGUUUUACUCGGUGCAGUUAUCCAGCUAACUCAGUAAUCAUGCUUUGUGGGUUUUACUCAGCGCAGUUAUCCAGCUAACUCAGUAAUCUUGCUCUGUGGGUUUUACUCAGUGCAGUUAUCCAGCAAACUCAGUGAUCCUGGUUUGUGGGUUUUACGCAAUGCAGUUAUCCAGCUAACUCAGUAAUCCUGCUUUGUGGGUUUUACUCAGUGCAGUUAUCCAGCUAAAUCAGUAAUCCUGGUUUGUGGGUUUUACUCCGUGCAGUUAUCCAGCUAACUCAGUAAUCCUGCUCUGUGGGUUUCACUCAGUACAGUUAUCCAGCUAACUCAGUAAUCCUGCUCUGUGGGUUUCACUCAGUAGUUAUCCAGCUAACUCAGUAAUCCUGCUCUGUGGGUUUUACUCAGUACAGUUAUCCAGCUAACUCAGUAAUCCUGCUCUGUGGGUUUCACUCAGUACAGUUAUCCAGCUAACUCAGUAAUCCUGCUUUGUGGAACCAGGUCCCAGGUGAGCCGAAUCCAGUGUGCCAUCAACAGAUUCAUUUGUUGGCAAGUGCCAGUGCAUGCGGUGACUCUCCAGGACUGAGAUUAGGGAUCCCAGCUCUGAAUGAUUAUGGAAUAAGCACUGUGCAGGACUGUAGAGACGGCACUGCUCAGGACUGUAGAGAUGCAGCUGCAUUGUUUUACUGUGGUCUGACACCUGUGAAUACACGGAUGGCGUUCAUGAGCAGUUCAUGUGUUCAUCUCAAAUGGCCCUUCGUGCAGAAUUCAUGUGAAGUAUGCCGGAUUAUUGGACUGGUUUUACAUAAAUAACUAGAUGAACCUGUUCUUACAUUUGUCAAACCAUAUUUGAAGGCAAUAUUUUAUAUUUAAUAACAUUUUCGAACUGUAAUAAACCAGUUAUUCGGC